AUGGGUUUUGCUCACAUUUGCGUCAUCGCUCCCACGAUAUUGGCCGCUGUUCAUGCGAAAUCUGUUUCGCAGCACUCAUCUGUCUGCGGCAGUUUGGUCAGCACAGAUCUAAGUCCGGGAUACAACGUCUCAGAAGGAGUGGCGUUCCCACCCGGCAGUCUGAACUGCUCGGGUAUCAUCAACGAAUUGAGCCUCUGCCGAGUCCAAGGAACAGUCAGCUAUGGAUCGGAUGCUGCGCCUGACCCCAAUGGCCCCAAUACUCUCACCUGGGAACUGUAUUUGCCAAUAAGCUCCGAGUAUAAUGGUAGAUUCAUGACAGUGGGAGACGGUGGAUACGCCGGUGAGAUCGACGAGGCGACGAUGAUGACCCAACUCAACCUGGGAUAUGCAGUUGCUGGGUGUGACAGUGGCCAUUCGCUCGCUGCUAGUGGGAACACCACAUAUGCUCCGUUCCUUGCUGACAAGGCAGAAGUGAAAGCCUGGAUCCACAACUCCAUUGCCAUGAUCACAGAGAUCACUCGGUACUUGACCACGAAAUACUACGCCCAGAGCCCGAAAUUCAGCUACUACUACGGUUGCUCUACUGGUGGCGGCCAGGGGUACGCCUUGGCCCAGUACCAUCCGGAAUUGUUCGAUGGGAUCUAUGCUGGAAGCCCUGGGAACUGGUAUAGCCACUUGAUCCUCAGUUUCCUUUGGAACGGGCUGCACACGCAGGGGAGUGGAUACAUGAGCCAGGAUGUCUUGAAUUUCAUUACCAAAAGUGUAUUGUCCGCCUGUGAUUCCCUCGACGGGGUUGUCGACGGGCUAAUUGAGAAUCCCCUGCGCUGCGAUUACAACGUCACUCAACUGAAGUGCACAUCCGGCCAGAGUCCUGCUAGUGCUAACGGGACCGUGGUAUGUCUCACUUCUGACCAAGUCCAAGCCGCUCUGGCCAUAUAUGCCGGCCCUAAAAACGUGGUCACUGGCGAUGAGGUCUAUCCAGGGAUGAGCAUGGGCUCAGAAAAUGGUUGGCUUUAUCAAGAAACAACUCUGUAUGAGACCUAUUCCGCACUCAUACUGAAGGAGCUCGUCUUCGACAACCUGAGCUACAAUGUCUCCAACUUCAACUGGGGUACGGACGUCUUCGAGGUCGACAAGAUCGCGUCGCCUUUAAUUGAUGAGAUAUCCUCGGACCUCUCCAAGUUCCGCAAUCAUGGUGGAAAGUUGAUCACCACCCAAGGCUGGGCAGAUCAGUUCAACGCGGCCCUUUGGCCCAUCCAACACCUUAAACAGAUUCAGGCAACGAUGGGGAAAGUAAAUGUCGCCGAUUUCAUAGAGGUGUUCAUGGUUCCCGGGGCCGGUCAUUGCGGCGCAAAUCCUGAAUAUCCGCAUGUCCCAGGGACGUACAAGAUUCUGGACGUGCUGAUUCCGUGGGUUGAGCAAGGGAUCCGUCCGACCCAGAUGCUGAGCACAACUCCUCUGGAUGGAACCAACACCACGCGUAAACUUUGCCCAUGGCCGGAAAAUGCAAGAUAUGUGCAGGGGGAUAUCGACGACUGGACUUCCUACAUUUGUGCCUAG